UAUUAAGCAAGCUUGCAUCACACAUGUUCAUUGACUAAAACAUAUGCAGCAUACUUUUGUAACCGAAAGCCAAACCCUAUUUCCUUUAAUCACCAAACUGAACUGUGUGCGUGUGUGAGUUGGCCGUAAUUACAAACACACAUCUGCAGCUGUAGGCUACGAUGUUUCAUAAGCAAGCACAACGGGCGUUUGCACGAGUCCCAGCGGCUCAUGGACAAGCAUCAGCGUUAGCCUUGAGGACUUGCACGCCUGUCCUAAGGCGCUGGCGCCAUACCGGGCUUCAGAGGAGAGCCGUUAUAUUGUCAGCACGUAUGCAUGUUCCUGCUGACUCUUUCAGCGGCCAGAGCCCAGAAAGGAAGGCUGCCGUUGCCCUUCGAAGCCUAUUUACGUUUGUUGCUGCCAGGGUCGUCCUGGAGCAGCUGCAGGGCCCGGACGGCCCCACCACCAACGGCCACACCAGCUACAACCAGCAGGCCUAUCUAGACCUCAUGGACUUCCUCGGGGUGCCCAUGAAGGGGGAUGGCGGGGACGAGUGGCUAGCCAUGGUCAUGCGGAAAAACCACGCACUGGCUCUGCGGCUGAUGGAGGUCCGAGAGGCCUAUCAACAGGAGUUUGAGUGGCAGCAGGUGGCAGAGAUGGCGUGCAGGGAGACGCGUGAGGCGAACAUGCGGCUCAUGCGCGCAGCGGCCAUGGCCAGCCUGCAGGCCUCGCUGGGAGAGGCAGGCGGCAGCAGCGGAGGAGGCGGCGGAUUUGGUGGGCCUGGUGAGGGAAGGGAUGGAGGCCAGGGUCUGGGGCCUGAGAUGGCCUGAGGCGUGGGAAUGUUUGAGUAUGGAUGGGAGGUGAGGAUGGCUGGGAGGUGCGGAGAAAGGCGCAGGAGUUGCGGGAGGGUUGGGAAAUGGUUGAAAUGUGGGUUUGGGUCAGGUGGGAGGAUGGACUGUGGUUAUGGCCCCAGCCGAGCCCCUUACUGUCCCGAGGGGUGAGGCGCAUGUUGUGAGGGUACGUUACGUUUGCACAGUAUCUAGUGUGCGACGUGCCUCUACACACGGGCGAUACAUUGCACGUUUGUACCACUAAGUUGAAUGCAGAAAGAGCCACAUGUUGGCGGUUUGAUUGAUUUGCGCGUGUGAUUUGGUGCUGUUGGGCGAAGAGGAGGAGGAUGCAAUGGGAAGGAUGGGAUGCGCACAUGCGCAGGCCUCGAAGAAGCUAUCGUGCUAGAAACUCGUUUGCCAUACCAUGGCUAGUAGAACCAAGGUCUUUAAUUGUUUGUUUCGGAUCCGGGUCGCAUCGAUUGGUUUACGACCCAUGGGUCUUUCCUGCGGGUAGUCUGUUUGUCUGCUUGUCCGCGCUCAAUCAAUAGCGGUGGUGAGAAACAGGAAAACGUUAUCUCUCUACGCGUGUCUCGUGCUACUGGUUUGUGUGUUUUGUGUGCACAUGGGUCGCCGCUGGUGCUGUUGUGAUGUGAAGUCGUUAAGGGUGCGAGCGGCAGCAAGCACGUCAUGACAUGCACCAGUGAUCGUCAUGUAGUGUUGCAUCGUCAUGUUGUGUGUUUAGGCAGGUCGGACGUGUUUCCUUUAGCCGUGCGUGCGACAAUGGCCCUGUGCUGCGUGCGCCAAUUGCGUGCGUGUCUGCAUAGCCUUAUGGUUUGGGUUGCCGGCUUGUUGGUGGUGGCUGGGUUUCGUGUUUGAUGAAUUGGACGUUUAGUACCGCUGGCUCCCAACUUGACGCGUCUGUAUCUUAGUUGCAUUGGCUUGUGUUUUGGACGCACGUUUACGUAAUAGAAAAAGGAAUUGUUCACGCAUGUAGCAAUAGCUUGUAUUAUCUCCUAACGAAGAAAUAAUUGUUUUGUUUGGUGGUUGGUUUGGUUUGUUCCUUUGCCUUUGUUUUGAAGCCCCCGCGGUUCUGCCUCGGGAACUGAGCUCAAGCACACGGGGUCUCCCAACGUCUAUAGGCCCCGCGGUUGGAGGAAAGUGCUUGAUCAUGAUUUAGACUCCUGCUGCAAGCGGGUCGCCAUACAGUCGUGCACAAUAAAUGAAUGUCUAGUGUUCGGCUUUCCACGUUUUUGUCUCACGCGGCCUUGGCUGAUACCGGUAUCGUUGGCGGGAUACGAUCAAGUACCGUUCUUGAGUUACACUGUCGUGCGAAGGCGCAAGUUUUGUAGGGUUCAGCUUUUACUCUCCCCCCUGUAUCUCUACUGUACACCCC